AUGCGUCCACGCGCGCACCUCGCCGCGCUCCUCCUCCUCGCCGUCGUCGACACCGCCUCCGUCUCCUCCCGCCACCAUCAUGCCCCGGCGGGCGCCCCACACGGCGUGGCCCCGUCACAGCACCUGCUGCCGUGCCUGGAGGAGCUGCUGCCGUGCACGGCGUACCUCAAGACCACCAAGCACCCCUCGGCCACGUGCUGCACCGCCAUGCACAACGCCGCGGCGGCCGAGAUGCCGUGCCUGUGCCGCCUCUUCGCCGAUCCGGAGCUGCUCGCCACCUUCAACGUCACCAGGGAGCAGAUGUUCAAGCUCCCCGCCCGUUGCGGCCUCCCCGUCGGCUGCCGCACCGGGACCUCCUCCCACGAGCCUGUCGUGGAAGCGCCGCCGCCGCCCGCCCCGGUGCAGCAGCACCACCACCAGCACGGUGCCUCGUCGAGGGGUGACGAGUUCAGGAGCAUCUGGAGCCUGGUCGCGCCGUUGGUUUUGGGCCAGAUGAUCCCCAUGGCUGCACUAUUUUGA